GCAGGGCGGGCGGGCACCACUACCGGCCUCCCUGGUUCUGCAGCGCGCCGGGGGUCCCUGGGCUGCAGCGCCCGGAACGGCAGCCGGGAGGCUCCUCCGUCCGGACGGCGCGGUCAGGUGACAGCGCCGAGCUCACUCGUCGGCAGACGCGGAAGGACGCGCGCAGGGGGGCCGCCGCGGGACGGAGAGCGGCGCGCGGACAUGCGGCCGCAGGCGCCGCGGGCGCUCGGGCUGGCGCUCCCGCUGCUGCUCCUGCCGCUGCCGCCGCCCGCCCCCAGCACCGCGCCCCCCGCGCCGCGCUUCGACGCCACCUGGGAGUCCCUGGACGCCCGCCCGCUGCCGGCCUGGUUCGACCGGGCCAAGUUCGGCAUCUUCAUCCACUGGGGGGUGUUCUCCGUGCCCAGUUUCGGGAGCGAAUGGUUCUGGUGGUAUUGGCAAGAGAAAAAGAUACCGACGUAUGUGGAAUUUAUGAAAAAUAAUUACCCUCCUAAUUUCAAGUAUGAAGAUUUUGGACCACUAUUUACAGCAAAGUUUUUUAAUGUGAGCCACUGGACAGAUAUUUUUCAGGCUUCUGGUGCCAAAUACAUUGUCUUAACUUCCAAACAUCAUGAAGGCUUUACCUUGUGGGGCUCAAAGUAUUCAUGGAACUGGAAUGCUGUAGAUGAGGGGCCGAAGAGGGACCUCGUCAAGGAACUUGAGGUAGCCAUUAGGAAUGGGACUGACCUGCGAUUUGGACUGUACCAUUCCCUUUUUGAAUGGUUUCAUCCACUCUUCCUUGAGGAUAAGUCCAAGUCAUUCCAACAGCAACAGUUUCCAGUUUCUAAGACACUGCCGGAACUCUAUGAGUUAGUGAACAAGUAUCAGCCGGAGAUCCUGUGGUCGGAUGGUGAUGGACAUGCCCCUGAUUACUACUGGAACAGCACAGACUUCUUAGCCUGGCUGUAUAACGAAAGCCCAGUUCGGGACACAGUUGUGACCAAUGACCGGUGGGGCUAUGGUACCAUCUGUAAGCAUGGUGGCUAUUAUACCUGCAGUGAUCGGUACAACCCAGGACAUCUUUUGCCUCAUAAAUGGGAGAAUUGCAUGACAAUAGACAAGUUUUCCUGGGGCUACAGGAGAGAUGCUGGAAUUAAUGACUAUCUUACAAUCGAAGAACUAGUGAAGCAACUUGUAGAAACAGUUUCAUGUGGAGGAAAUCUUUUGAUGAAUAUUGGGCCCACACAUGAUGGCACCAUUUCUGCAAUUUUUGAGGAGCGAUUGAGGCAAAUGGGGACCUGGCUAAAAGUCAAUGGAGAAGCCAUUUACGAAACCCACCCUUGGAGAUCCCAGAGUGAUGAUGUUACCCCAAAUGUGUGGUACACAUCCAAACGUAAACAAAAAUUGGUCUAUGCCAUAUUUCUUGAAUGGCCCACAUCAAGACGUCUGUUGCUUAGCCAACCCAUAGCUACUCUGGGAGUAACAAAGAUUAAACUGCUGGGACAUGGACAGCCACUAAACUGGACUUCUUUGAAGCCAAAUGGCUUACUGGUAGAACUGCCACAUCUAACCUUUCAUCAGAUGCCCUGUAAAUGGGGCUGGGCUCUAGAAUUAACUAAUGUGAUCUGAUUUGCAGCAGAGAGGUUCAUGCUGCAGGUACAUUGAAGACUAGAAAAUAUCACGUUUCUGUAAUUGUAGCACAUAGAGAAAGCAAUUGUAAAACUGGUCAAGGAAAGUCAAGUAAUUAUUUAGGCAAUUCAGCCCUUUCCCCACUUACUCCUUAAUAUUUUUCCUAAAUCACCCAUGUAACUGUUUUAACUCUCCAGUAUACUUUGCCAUCAGAGUCUUUUCAUAUCGAAUUUAUUUCCAUGUGUGAUUAAAAGGUGGAAAUUUUUGUUUUACAGUAGCUAGGAAUUGGUGGUGGUAAGGACUGACUGAAUUGUGUCUCCUGAAUUGUGUCUCAAAUUCAUAUGUUGAAGCCCUAACCCCCACUGUGCCUGUAUUUGAAGACAGAGCCUUUGAAGAGGUAACUAAGGUUAAAUAAAGUCAUAAAAGUGAGAACCUAAUCCAGUAUGACUGGUGUCCUUGUAAGAAAAGAGACACUGUGGAUGCAGCACACAGAGGAAAGGUCAUGUGAGGACACAGGGAGGAAGCACCAUCUGCAAGCCAAGGAGAGGGGCCUUAAGACAAACCCAAACUGCCAAGCAUUGGGCUCUCAGCCUUUGGAAUUGUGAGAAAAUAAAUUACUGUGGUUUAAGCCACACGGUCUCUGGUAUUUUGUUAUGGCAGCCCUAGCAGACUAAUAUAGAUGAUAGGUGUAUAAUAAAUUUGGCCUAAUACAUAUUUCCAAUGCACACAGUAAUUGUCUUUUUAUAAAAAAAAAAUUAUUUUUUUCCCUCUUGGUAAUAAAACUGAUACAUGUUUACUGUAGGUAUUUUAAAACAUACAAAAAUGCUCAAAGCAUUUUGGAAAUGCUAAAGCCACUGUUUAGAUCACCACUAUUAAUAUUUUAGUACAUAUUCUUUCAGGGUUUUUGAGGUGGGGUGGAGGGGGUAUGGGAUUGGAGGUAUAGGCCAAUUUUUGUAGGUGAGCUAAUUUGGGCUCCAACUUAAAUUAAUAAAUAUGGGCGCCUGGGUGGCUCAGUUGGUUAAGCGGCUGCCUUUGGCUCAGGUCAUGAUCCUGGAGUCCCGGGAUCAAGUCCCACAUCAGGCUCCCUGCUCGGCGGGGAGUCUGCUUCUCCCUCUGACCCUCCCCCCUCUCAUGUACUCUCUCUCAUUCUCGCUCUCUCAAAUAAAUAAAUAAAUCUUUUAAAAAAAAAUUAAUAAAUAUGUUUCCUGUAUUUGCCUUCAAGCAAAUUGAAUUUGAAAACCUAGCUGAAAAUUAUGAAUUCUACUCAAAUCUUCCCUAAGAAUGAAGCAAAAUAAUGAAGUAAAAAUAAUACUGAUUUGAUGUAAAUUUAAAUAAACACUGAUUAGAGAACUUGCUCUCCUCAUCAAAAGAUGUUUAAUUGGCCAGAUAUUUAUUUGAAGUACUGCAGGUUCCAUUUUAUUACAUUAAUCAAAUGCAGACAUGUCACUGUUUCCAAAAAAUGCUUCAAAUAGAGAAUGAAAUCAAAGUACAUAUUUAUUUCCUAAAAUCAUGCUAACAUUGAAAACUUUUAAAAAAAUUACUCAUUGUUGAAGUUCCUAAAAUCACCAGUUUUUGAAACCAUGCCAGGGUAUUUACAUACAUAAAUAUGUUAAUAGUUCUAAAUCCCAAUUAAUAUUUUAUUAGAGAUCCAACUUGGAUUGAUUUAUAUGAUCCCAAACACUAUACUAAGCAAAAACAAAAAUAGGAAGUUUAUUUAGUAGCUAUGAGGGAGCUAAAUGACAAAAUACAGUUCAGCAUUUAACCCAACUAUAUAAAAAAAUACCUGUGAUAUGAAGGCAAGAAUUAUAGUAAGGAUAAUUAAAAAUCAGACCUCUCAUUACCUAAGCCAAUAGUUUUUAUCCUCCUCAAAUAAUCUUUUUCCCAGAGUUCUUAAAUAGGUACAAAAUGGCCUGAUUUGAAUUUCAGUACCUUCUGAUUUUCCUUUAAUGACUAGAGAAAUAUUGAAGGCAAAGCCAACUAGAUUAUUAGACUGAAUAAUGUAGACAUUGAUAUUUUAAAUAUGGAUACCACUUUAAUAAGAUUCUAUCUCAUUUUCUUAUGAGUGUCAUAUUCAAGCAACACAAUUACUCUAAAAGAUCAGGCUAUUCAACUAAAUAUGAAUCAAGACAACAGAAGAUAAGACAGACAUUUUGCCUUCUGUUCAUUUCAGUUUUAUAAGUGAAAGACCUGGUUAGAUAAAAUCUUCCUACCUUCCAAGCAAAUAAAAUAAAUGGUCUUAUCAAAUUUUUAUAUAUACAUAGUAACAAACACAUUUAUACAAGUUUGAAGGAGAAAAAGUAGAAGCAGUUUUAAGUAAUCUCCAUUCCGCCAAUUUACUGGGUUAACUGAUGCUCUCCAUCUCCUUGGAAAAGCAUACAGAUGAUUGGUUCCUAGGGCAAGCUACAUGCUUUCAGUUAAUAGACUUCUUUCUGUCUGGAACACCCUUUACUUUGAUUUCUACUUGUUGCAACAUAUGUCUACCAAGCUGAGUUGAGUUUGUGACUAUAGUGGGUUGAAUAGUAUUUCCCAACAAUUCAUGUUCACCUGGAAGCCAAGAACGUGAUCUUACUUGGAAAUGGUGUCUUUGCAAAUGUAAAUAAAGUAAGUGUUGAGAUAAGAUCAUACUGUACGUAGGCGGGUCCUAAAUGAGAGCAUCCUUGUAAGAGAGAAAGAACAGACACACAGAGAAGGCCAUGUGAAGACUGAGACAGAGACUGGAGUUUGCUGCUAUAAGACAAGGGACACUUGGGCCACCAGAAGCUGGGAGAGCCAAGAAAGGACUGAAUGGUCUUCCCUAAGGAAGCAAGGUGGGAGCAAAAGGGAGCAUGGUCCUGCUGACACCUUGAUUUUGGACUUCCAAGUACCAGAAUGGUGAGAGGAUAAAUUUCUGUUGUAUUAGGUCACUCAAUUAGUUAUAAUUUAUUACAGUGGCUCUAGGAAAUUAAAACAGUUAUCAAACAAACUAAUUAUGCCAGUUGAACUUUUUAUCGUGAUUAUACAAACUGUCAUAACAUGAGUUUGAAGAGUUGUAG